UCUAUACCGGUCUGUGUUUUCAAUCACACACAGCUAACGGGAAGUUAUGGCAGAGAUAAAAUCCGGUGCUACGCAAAUCCCUUGUUUGUGUUUUAUAAGAGCUCUAUUUCGUUUGUUCUCGCUACAUGGUUUGAAUUGUUAGCUACUGAAGUGGGAGUAGCUAGCUCCUGAAACAUCUGGCCAGUUCUCUCCCUGUGCUCCUUUCAGUAUCCCACAAUGCUCAGCUUGCAACCUUCAGCUUGUGUGACUCAGCAGGAUCCUGCACUAUAGCAGCAGUACCUCAGGCCUCAACCCCCUGCACUGACAGGUGGGAGCCAGUCUGCCAGUUCCUACCUUUUCCCACAUUUCUGCUGAACACAGACUCUGUCCUGAGUAGUCAUGGUGUCCAGACCCGGAGACAUUCCAGCCCUGGAGGCGGGCUCUGGGGUGAGCGAGGGUCUGCUGGGGGGCAUGUCUAUCCCCACGGGGAUGACCCGUCGAGCCCUGAACUACGAUGACAACCUGGAGCGGCCCAUGUCUCCACCCAGUGACAUCAACAUCACCAACCUGUGGAGGAGGCCCGUCAUUCCCGAGAGGAAGUUCUCCCGACUGGCUGAGGAGGCUGAAUCAGAAAACACCAUAAAGAACACCUCUGCGCUUGAGCCCCACCAGCCUCCAGCUCCUGUGGUGAAAGCCAAAGCUUCUUCAGUGCUCAUGAACUCCCUCAUCAUUAAGCAGACCCAGGAGAGCAUGCAGAGUUUUGAGAAGAGAGCAGGACUCACUGACACAGGCUACACACCACACAAGGGCCUGGCUGCUGAAGAAACCCACUACCACCGCAUGGCUCAGUCCCUGCAGAAAUUGCACAUGCAUACUGUCGACUUUAAAGAGGAGAAGCAGUCAUCCUCUGCUCAGUCUACACCAACAGGAACUCCUCAGUCGUCCCCCAAACAGAAGCGCAGGAGCUGGUUCAGCAGCCAGGGCUCAGUGGCCUCCCUCACAGGCUCAGAACUCAGCUCCAGCUCUAGCUCCAGCAUGGAUCUGGGAUCCAGCGAGGGAGGUGUGGAACGCUGGAGCAUAUUUGGACCCCGGCCUCAGGUCCACAAGUCCAUCACUGACCCUGGAACAGACCACGGAACAGCAGGGGGUUUCGCCUUGCAGUCCUAUAAGGGUGCCCAGAAGCCCACCCCCAUGGAGGUGAUGAAGGUUCAGGCCACUCGGCUGGCCGAGGACCCCGCCACCUUCACAGCUCCACCCAAGAUGGAGAUUCCCAGCGUGGAUGGCAAGAAGCAGGUGACGCGGCCCCACAAGCUCAAACCGCGCGACAUGAAUGUUCUGACGCCAUCGGGUUUCUGAGAACCCAUCGCAGACACACCUCACAUUUCAGCAGUGCACGCUCUCAACAUGUAGCUGGACUACCCUGCUGUUUUUCCUUUUUAGUUUUUUUUUUUUCCUCCCCUUGCUUAAAACUAGUCAUGAUUCAUAAUGACAGCUUUCCUCUUGUGUCUUGUGUAAAUGUUAAGCCUCGGAUUAAGACUGUGUAAUGAGGUGCAAUGUUUUUUGUUUUUUUUUGCUUCCCCCCCCCCAGUUUGCCUCCUUGUGCUUCAGCCCUUUUAUGUGCGUACUUCUAGUAUAUCGUUUUCAUCUGGGUGUGUGUUUCUUCUAUUCAAAAAAAAAAAAGAAAGUCAAAUUACCUCUGAUUUACUUCUUUAAUCCAUACUGUACUAGCUUCAUGUUUUGGGUGUAAUCAUUGGCUGUGCGUGUUCUAUAGUUCAGCGGUGAGUUGAUGGUUGGUAGACGCCUAGUUUUCUACCUUGUGACUUGCUGUAACAUCAUGAUGGCUCUGUGGUUGUAAAAUGUCUCAUAAAUAUGUCUCGGAGAAAUACACAGUAUCUUUAGACUAGUUUUCUCAUUGCAGUGUCAUAUAUGAUCCACAAGAAGGCACAAUUUUUCCUUGGCUGAGUAUUCAUUUUUAGUGUUUAAUGUUGAUGUAGCAGCUCUACAUUAGAGAAGUGUUUUAAUUUUGUCUAAAAUUUCUGUUACAGCUCAGAAAGUUCAAUCUGUAAAUAAACCCAAACACAA